CUUCUCCAGAAUUAGCCCCACACGCCACAGUUGGCACCCAGUUUCAGUAGCAGACGGGUUCCCAGGGCACAAGUCGAAAAGCUGGUCUUGAGGCAAGAACCAUGGACUGGAAACUUCACUCGGUUCAAUAUUGUCUCAGGAACAUCUUUUUCCUCUUAAUGCUUUGUUUCCAUAUAUGGAUUUCAGCUGUUUCUCCCACUUCCAAACCUCCAAUGGCAACCGAAUGCUUUACGGUCAACUUCAUUGCAACUAAUUUGAUCUAUAGGCCACAGAUGGAUAAUCCCAAGUCAAAGCUCUUCAGCUCAGCGCAAGGAGUCUUCGGUAACUUGCUGGGACAGAUAUUGAACACCAACAACAUUGGUCCUGAAUUGAUCAACUGUAGUAUAUCAACGUUAAGAUCUGUGAAUCAGGGUAGGAACACCGGAGUAGACAGUGUCUGUUGCUACGGUAAAACCGCUACAGCUCCCCCUUUUGAUCGAGUGAACAUAUAUCGCAAAUUCAUAAAUGAGACCAACGGUUUCACCAGGAUGGAGAGGUACAACCUGUAUCCAAACAGCCUUUUUGUUAAUGAUUACCAUGAAGGAUCACAACCGACCACUGGGAAAUAUAUUGAAAAACAGUGACAUUGGUCCUGCUUUGAUCAACUGCCGUUUAUCAACAUUAAGACCUGUAAAUCAGAGAAAGUACACUGGAGUAGACAGUGUGUGCUGCUAUCGUAAAGCCGCUACAGCCCCGCCUUUUGAUCCAAUCAAUAUAUAUCAGAAAUUCGUAAAUGAGACCAACCGUUUCACCAAGAUGGAGAGGUACAACCUGUAUCCAAACAGCCUUUUUGUUAAUGGUAAGAAGCAUUAGGUUUGCUUUCGUGACUAAAAACCUUUGAGGCUGUCCAGCACUGAGUUACUUCUGACCAACAUUAUCUAACUUAAAUAGUAGUGUGUCUCAGUGACAGCAACAAGAGAUGCCAGUGGGCUACAAUUUUUUUUCCUAUGUCUACCGUAUUUGGGUUAUAAAAAUCUGGAUGAUCACUAGAUGGCAGCAGUGCUUAUUUGCACCUCAUGGUCAUUUGGAAUUUUGUAGUCCAGAGCUGGUAACUCUGUUCUAGAUUUACUUUUCUAUACGAAUGCCCCAGGACCUUCUACAAGCACACAUUGGGCUAGAGUUAGAUGGACACUUUAUAUUGCGAUAUUGUUACUCUAUUAGAAAGAAAGUAAUUGCCACCCAAAGAGGAUUAUCACAUCACAUAAUUUUUAUACAGAAUUCCUUAGAAUAUUGAAAUUGCUUGGUGUACUUUAUAGAAAUAGUCACAAUCUUGAGAUACCCAUUCAUGUUUAGGAUGGACCUGGCUUAAUGUGUCAAGCAAUUAAAAAUGGCAGCAUGAUGUGUGAACAUUUAAACCUUUCUUAACAAAUGAUAAAUUUUAUCAGAUGGGAAAAAGAAUGGAUGAAAGAUUGAUGUUGCUAAGAGAAUGUAGACUUUAGAACUUAUGUCAGAUGGGCUAGUCUUAGAAUGUGGAAUAAAUAUAAAUAUAGAUUCUGCCUGAAAACACCUUUUUGGCUUUAAGUGCAAGAACCAUUUUAUAGAAGAGAAAUGAUAUGUGGUUCAUUUAUUGUGAUGUACUAAAAUUUUUAUAAGGGGAUUGUAAAAUGAAAUCAAGAGAAGAUUUAAGAACAAAAUAUUCUUGUCAAUGUUUUUCUUAUGUACACUUAUCAGAAAGUUUUAGUGGAUAAAAGAUUUUGUGGUUUUGAACAAUAUGAGACUGAGUUUGAAAUAUAACUAUGUACUAAUGAUGAACAUGUUAUUGCUAAGAUGUACAAACCUCUGAUGAAAUAUCAGAAGAACACAUGAAAGAAUGUAUGAUAAAAUGGGCUAAAAUUUUUGGCUAUAAUAUACAAAUGAAUCAAUGGGAAAAUAUGUAGCUAAAAGACUGAAAUUUAGAUUAUGUUGUAAUCUCAAAGAGAAUUUUUAUAAAAUGAUGUACAUUGCUAUCUGUCAGCAGAGAAACUGUUUAGAAUGUAUAAAGGCACUUUGAAUGUUUGCUGAAAAUGUGAACAACAUGAAAGGACAUUUUAAUCACGUUUUGGUGGACAUGUAAAAAAGUAAAAACAUCUGGAUACAAAUUCAUACUGUACAUUAAGAAGAUUGUAAAGGUUAAAACUUCAACCAGAGACUUUUCUUUCGGGACCAAUGGACAGGCAACUAGAAAAAAGCCAUGGAACUUUGUUUUAUAUAUUGUAGGGUUCUGUAACUGGCACUAGAAAAAGAAACAAAUUGUGUAGCCUUGCCUAACUAUUGCUAUCUCGCUUUUGUAAUCAGUGUUUGUGUCAGGGACAAAUUUCAUGCAAGCUUGGGAAACAUGUACACGGAUGCGAUGUAGUGAAGGAAGGAAUAAGGGAGUGUAUAGGAAUGAUUGAUGUCUUCCUUGUAUGGUAAUAACUCUGUUGUCUAAUGUUGGUUGGUUGACAAAGUUUAUAAAGCAAUGCUACUAACUUUCCAAGGUGUGGCACUUCUGAACGUAACUGCCAGCAUUCCAGAUUGCUUGCCACCCAGCUGUUUUACUUGAUCAAAUAAAGUACUGUUUCCUCAAGAA